AUGGACUCUCGUCUGGAGGCAUCGGAAGCCGAAGCCGAUGGCCGCCUCACCGCCCCCUCGCACCUUGUUGACAGUCGCUCGCUGCGGCCGCCGCGGCUGCCUUCCUCCAUCACCGAGCACGAUGCCGGUCAUGCAGCGGUCGAGCUGGCGUCCAUCAUGACGGUCACGUCCAAUCCGGUAUCGGCCGGGCCGUCCAGCCCACCGUUGGAGCAGGACCAUCGGCCGCAGGACUUUACGCCGCCAGCGCGGCCCAGCAGCACGCCUUUUCCGCAGCCAGAAUACCGCACUGAUGACCUGCGGUGUCUGAGCUGUCCGGCCAACGAUGACGCUGGCACGGCCGUAUUGGACGCCACCGAUCCCGACGGCUGCAGCCAGACGGCCGACGAGAUGGACGUGGACGUGACCACGCCGGACCUGCAGAGACUGCACCUCGGACCGUCCGAAGCGCCGGCGCCGAGACGACGCUCCGUCUUCCUGCACAGCCUACCGAUGGAGCUGCAGGGCCUCAUUCUCGACCGGGUCUUUGACGGCCGCGUGACGCCGAUGACAAAGAGCUCGCCGGAGAAGCGGCUGACGCGGCUGGCGUGCAUCAGCACGGUCUGGCGGGUGCUCAUCCAGCAGCGGCUGUACUGCCGGAUCAAGCUCAAGGCGACGAGCGCGACGCUGAGCGAGGCGUUGAUCCACUUUGCGCAGCAUCCGCACCUCAGCGCGUACGUCAAGCACGUGGAGCUCUGGUUCCCGGUGUUUCAGCCAAAGCCGAAGCCGCCGGCCGUGUCGGACACGGCGAUGCUGCCGAUGGUGACGCACGAGGGCCUGUCGAACGCGUCGUACGUCCUGCCGUCGGACAAUUGCUCGCUCGAGGAGGCCUUUUACUUUGUCAGCUCGACGUUUGCCGAUGCCAGCGUGCUGACGCUCGAGGGUGGCGAGCGCAAGAAGGCGCCGCAAGUGCGCCACUUUAUGCCGGGCAUUGCACGCAGCGAGACGGAUCCGCCACGGACGAUGCCAGCGGUCACGACAGUGCGCACGCUCCUGUGCAAGGGCCAGUGGAACCUGAUCCGGUCGGAGGAGGACUUCCACAACAUCGCGUCGGCGCUGCCCAACAUGACGGAAUGGAACGCGUCCUACAGCAAGCCCAAGUCGAAGAGCUACCUGACGAUGGCGUCGAUCCUGCCGAACCUGCCGGCCAGCCUGACGAGCCUGGACGUCUGUCUGGAGAGCGACUACCGCCAGGAGAUCUCGUUCCCGCCCUACUUCCUCAAGGUCUCGGACCGUGUCCACUUCUGCAGCCGUCUGGCCGAGGCCACGCCUUCCCUGCAGCACCUGUCCUAUACCGGCCGCGUGUGCCGCUCGUUCUUUGACGUGGCCGCUCGCCUGGCCGAUCCGCGCAGCACGCGGCUGCGGUCCAUUGACCUGACGGUCAAGAACUGCUGUCGCCAUGUCAGCCACUGGCAGGAGUCUGGGUCCGGCAUCACGGACCUCAAUUUCAUCCGUGCCUUUGAGGCCCUGGUGCUGUCGGCCGUCCGGUCUCUGGGACGGCUGUGCAAGCUGGAGCACCUGCGAAUCCACUUUCCGGUGCCACCGCUGAAUCCGUUCUUCCUCCUGCACAACGGCCGUGCCUCGGGCGUGUGGAGCGACACGAUUGUGGCGGAGCUCAACCGGGUGCGGCCAGAGAGCCAAUGGGAGGAGCUGUCGGAGACGUUUGGCGAGAUGACCGUCAGCAAGGACGGCCGCAUGGUGAUCAACGCGGAGUUCCCCAAGAAGCCGGUGGUCUCGCUGAAGCUGAGCAACUACGACUAUCUCGCGGCGCUGGCCACGAUGUGA